CUUUCCUAUGGAAAAAUAUGUAUAUAAAAUAGUUUGAGUUUUCCAAAUAUUUAUUUUAUGUCCUCUAUAAGAAUGCUAAAUAAAACUUGUUACACAAAUCAAGUUCUUUGUGUGUUUAUUUUUCCUGAGAAGAGUUUCUAAUCUGGUUGAUUGGUUUUUUUAAACCAGUAAGUAGGGCAGAAUGUGAAAACUGAAUUUUCUUGGCAAGGAAAAAAACCAGAGAUAAUCUCAGAGAGUAAGAUAGAAAGCUUUUGGUCAUUAAUGAUUUAAUACAGUGAUUCUAGGGGAGCUGAGGCACCAGCACAAGUUGGUGGCAUGAGUGCUGUGUGCCCACAGAGCAGCCUCGGCUCUAGAGAUUGAUGUCUUCCCCUGUUAGACCUCAAGAACACAGCUGGUUAAAAUCCUUCUUUGUUCAGAAAGUUGAUCCAAGAAAAGAUGUUCCCUCUCUUCUCCUAGCCAAAAGGAAAAAACUGUCUAUACACAAAUUACAGCUUUACAAUGUUAAAGCAGAAUGCCUAACAGCAUAUGUAACAAAAUCUGUCAAGAGGAGUUGCCAGUUUCAUAAAGAUCACCCUUGCACUUGGGUGGGAACUUGGAACACAUGGUAUGGCAAGCAGGAUCAAAUUGUCUCCCUCCAGAGGUAUGAAGGAGGCUAUCCAGCCCUCCUGAAGGUCACGAACAAAUUCAGAGAAAAUCAGGAAUUUGGGGCAUUAUGUAAGGCAAGAAGCAACAUACCUCUUUCUAGGAAGAAUCAGCUGCUAUUAACGUUCAGUUUCUGGAAGUCAGGACCUAAUUUAUGAACCCAGAUCUUAGCACUAGAUCUCUGACCAGGAACUAUGAUUGAAUGAGGCAAUUACUGUUUUAAGUGCAAAAUACCAAUUUUUCCCCAAACUGAUCUAUAG